GGGCAAAUCACUCUGAGUCAUUGUUUUCACCUUUUUUCCCAGUUUCCCAGCGUCACCUCUAAGUGUCGCCAAAGGAACAAUUGCUGUAGAAACGUGCGUACGACAGCUCUGGAGCUGGCGUGGGGACCGCACAUUUUUACGGUCAUUUCACGUUUUGUACAUCUGAACGUGAGCGUGGAAAAGGACGUACGCCACGUUUUUGUGCGUACGCAACCUUAGUACAUGAGGCCCCCGAUCACUGGGAGGAAAAUUGCUUUGUCCAGUGGUUAUUUUCAUGUUAAGAAUGUAGUUGUAUAGGAGGUCGACUCCGUGUUUACCAGCAGAGGGCGACACAGUGGGACAUAUGGAUUUGGGAGCACCAGAAGAAGAGGCAGCUAUUCGUCAACGCAACAACACUACCUCUAAGAAGUAAUUGUACAAUGAUAUACUGUCUGAAUAUAAACCUAGUAUACACAUAGUAUUACCAAGGGGAUGUCUGUAGAGUUUCCCUGUUUGUCGUUCCGCCAGCCGUAUGCUGGGCUAGUUCUAAACGGAGUGAAGACUGUGGAGACACGCUGGAGACCAGUGCUGUCGGAGCUUGAGUGCCAGUCAAUGGCGAUCCACAUCGCGCAGCGGGACUGGGAGGGUGGCGACUGGGCUACGGUGCUGACCACGCUUGGGUGGAGCGGUGCUCAGAUAGACGCGCUCCUGGAGUCAGGAGAGAGGUUCGGCCGAGGCGUGGUGGCAGGUCUGGUGGAAGUAGGCGUAACCUGGCAGUGCCCCGCUGUCCUGCAAGAGGAGGACCUGCAGGAGUGGGAAAAAGCAGCUCUUCUGUUUGGUCUAGAAGAAAAACACCUGACCCGCCUGUCAAACCCUCAUUGGUUGAUGGAGCCGCUUUUCUGCCAUGGCAACAAGGACAUCUGGACUGUACAGAUACCGACACACCUACUGCCUAGCCCCUACCCAACUACCUAGCACUUAACCCUACCCAAAUGCUAAUACCCAACCCCAAAGGACAUCUCAAGGGGACCCACAUCUAUUGUAUGACAUUUGUUUAUGAUCAUUUUGUAUUAAAGUAUUUCAUCUAAUGUGAACUAGACAGUCCCUCCAGAAAGACGCGAUUAUGCGAUCGCAUAAUCAGCCAAAGUCCGCAUAUUCAUGCUUUUAAAUAUGCCGCACUUUCACCGCAUAAUCUGUCGAUUUCUGCGCAAAAUAUGCGGGGCGUACAUGAUUUCAUAAUCGCCGCAUUUUCGUUGCAAAAGUCUCAUGUCUUAGAAAGUAGACAAAUGUUGCGUUUACUUCACACGAGCAGCCAUUUCCCCCUGUUGCCAUGGGAACGUUAUGUAAUUACGCGAAGUGAACAUCAUCGAAAAGCUGCAUUUUUCGCAAGUUCCCGCAAUUUCACUGCAUAAAAUUGCAUAAAUAUUAGGGAUGCACGAUAUAUCAGCAGUGAUAUCGUUAUCGGCCGAUGUUAGUCCUUUAACAUAUUGGCAUCGGCCCGAUAAGUAAAACUGGUCCGAUAUCAACAGCCGAUAUUUAUUUCCGUCUAGUUGCCGUUGUGUGUGGUUUUUGCCCAUGCGCAGCUUGUUUGGUCAUGUGACAGUGUCGCACGGAGAGGCAGUACAGGAGUGUUUGUCACCUUAACUGAAAAGAAUCAAUGUCGACAGGUUGGAUGUUUUUUACGGUCUCAAAUGAAGGUACUCGAAUUGCAAUAUGCAGUACUUGCAAAGCCGAAGUAAUGCGCGGAGGAUGCCGUGUCAAAUCAUUCAACACCACUAGUGGUGCAACGGUUCACGGGUUUCCCGUGAUCCGUACGGAUCAACCCUCACGGUUCGGGACACAAGUGAUCCGCGGAUCGGCUGAUAAAAAAAAAAGUUGUGCGUUCACGUGAUUAGCGCAUGUUUAAAAGGACAAUUCCGGUAUUAACAACAUCAAGUAUCGUAGCGAAAUACAGUUUCCGUUGUUUUAUUUGGCGUUCCGUAAUCCCAUUGAAACGGAAAUGGACAUGUUUAUAUUUGGUUGUAGUCUUUUCACUCGGUUCUCCGGAUCAACAGUAGGGCUAAAACCGAGUGAAAAGACUACAACCAACCUCCCUUGAUAUAUUUGAUUUAGUUUAUUUCACAGAUGAAUUGAAAUUGACUUAAACUUGUCUGGUUUCCAUGAAUAUUGGCAAAUUUGAUUUAAGUUAUAAACCUUGUCAAGAUAUUUUGAUUUGUGAUCCAAACUUUUUUAUAGAUGCAAGUUGUAAAAGUAGCCUAAAACUAACACUGUUAGUGACUUGUGUUUGUUAUGGAUGCCCUGUAACUUGAAGAAACAAUGUAUUUCGAAGUUUUGGAAAAUAAAGAAAGAAAUUACUUUUUCAUAUUCAGUGUUUACAUGUUCUUCAGUAUACAAAAUAAUCAUAGAGACUUGUUUUUAUACCAAUAUCGAUAUCGGUAAAUAUCGUUUAUCGGCCGUAACAGCAAUUUUAAUAUCGGAUAUCGGUAUCGGUCAAAGUUUUCAAAUCCCUAAUCAUUUUCAUCCCUAAUAAAUAUGCCGCAUAUUUAAGCGCAUUUAAGAAAACGUGCUGCAUAAGAGGAUUUUUGGCCGAAACAAUCACAAAAGAACGACACAUUUUUCUGGAUGGACUGACUAGAGGCACAUUUAAACAUGUCAAACCAAGUGAUGCACACACAUUGGUCGGGGUAAAGGCUCCAACAGAGCGCACGGAUCCACAAUGCAUUGCGCGUCCGUCACCAUUCAAAGUCAAUGGGGAUCCGUCAACGGACGGAUGCAGUGGGCACGAGGAUGAGCAAUCCUGUUAGACUGAAUUGCAAGCUAGAGAAAGUGAGAAAGAAGUGAGGGAGCAGAGUAAGCUGUGCCUCUUUAUUCAGCCCAAACAGAUGUUAUUGAACAAUGCAACAGAAAGAGAACCAUGUAGAACAACCUGAUGACCCCGUAUUUGUGCAGACACUUGAUUGACAGCAGUGAGCCCAUCACGUGUGUCUUAACCAGGUCUAAUAGACCAACCCAACAAAUAAUUGUGCCAAAAUCUAAUAAUAGUGUCACGUUUGGUUGUAACACGAUACAGUGCUAUGGAUAAUCCCAACAUACAGUGCUACCCUGAAGGCCUGAACAGUGCUAUUUGUAAUGCUAACAGUGCUUUUUGUAAUGCCAACAUUACAGUGAUGUGCAUAAAUCUAACAGUGCUAUUGUAUUGCUAACAUUAGACAGUGCUAUACUUACUGCCAUCAACAGUGCUCAUCUUAUGGCCAAGUGUACUCUAGACGUCAUGUAGUUUGGGGGAGUUAGAUGUCAUGAGGGGCGUUAGAUGUGUGGUAUGUAUUGCUGGUGUGGGGGGGUGGUGACGUAGCCCACCAGGUGGGAGGCUGUAGGGGCAGCGCAGUAGAGGCGUG